AUGGCUCUGCUGCUCUGUGGCGUGUUGGUGCUGCUGUGUGGGUUUGAUACCGCCCACACAUUAGUCCUCACUGACAUGGAUUAUGGAGGCGUUCCUCUGUGGAUUAACCGCCUGCUGGGCGAGCCCAGUGUUUUGAGUCUGCAGGGACGGAUGGACCCUAGCUGGUUCCAGGCUAACAACCCUGAGUCCUGCUCCGACCAGUGUGUUUGUCCCAUCCAGUGGCCCACGUCGCUCUACUGUGACCACAGAGGCCUAAAAGACAUCCCUGAAAGGCUGCCAGACAGAACCCAGUACUUGUUUUUACAGGGUAACAACAUCUCGUCCCUGUCCUCCUCCAUCCUGGCCAACAUCACGGGUCUACGCUGGCUCAUCGUAGACAACAACCAGCUGCAGAGCGACAAGCUGGAGCAGGCCUGCCUGCAGAACCAGACGCAGCUGCGGUACUUCUUCGCCAAUCGUAACCAGUUGACCUCGGUGCCCAGUGCUCUGCCAGCUGGGCUCAGACAGCUGCGACUGGCCCACAACCGUAUCAGCAGCAUCGACCCAGGAGCUUUCCACAACCUGAGCGAUCUGACGCUGCUUUUACUGCAAGGAAACAGGCUGCAGAUGAUCGCAGAGGGCGACCUUAAAGGUUUAGUCAGUCUCAAUCUACUGGACCUCAGUGGAAAUUUCUUCUCGGCUGUUCCCAAACAUUUACCUCCUUCAGUCCAGCAACUUUAUCUGUCGAACAACUCUCUCUCUGGUCUGGACGAGGACGGUUUUGUGGACCUGCUCAACCUGAAGUACCUGCGUCUCAGUCACUGUCGCCUGCAGAGCCGCCACGUUCAUCCACGAGCCUUUAACCUCUCCAGUCUGGUGGAGCUGGACCUCUCUUACAACAACCUGACCUCCAUCCCCACAGUCCCCAGCACUCUGCAGUACCUCUACCUGGAGGCCAAUUACAUUCAAGAGUUUAACGUGACGAGUUUCUGCAGAGACGUUGGACCCCUUUCCUACUCCAGGAUGAAGAUCCUACGAUUGGACGGAAACAAAGUGACCUACCACCAGCUCCCCCCCGACUGGGUUUACUGCCUGCGAGUGCUUCAGAAGUUUUACAUAUGACUUGACUCCCCGACGGUUAUUAAACACAGUGUGUAUCUCUUCAA